AUGAGGCAAAUAAAACUCUUAGUCUGGUUACUGGUCGUCGGAGUGGUUUCCUUAACGGAACAACUCCGAUUCCUAAAGAAUUUCCUAGAAGCGGUACACAAAGAGAAAUCUAUUUCAACUAUUCUUCUUAUGCAAAGGAAAGUUUAUAAACAUGAUUUUCUGCACGGACUUUACCCCAUAUCCUGGCCUAUAAUUCGCUUGGACGAAAUUAAAAGAGUUGAACUAGUAAACAAUUUUAACAAGGACAUCCUGGCUCUGGUUUAUAUGGAAGCUGAGGAGGAUACAUUGCUACUUUCGGCAUUGGCUGCCGAUUUCAAUCAUAUUAGAGACGCGAGGAUUAUGAUCUGGUUACAGAUGAGCCCUUCGGAAACUUUUCUUGAAAAUAUUGUUUUUCAGGCAUCUGAGCAGAAGUUUCUUAAUCUCGUGGUAAUAGAAAAUACAUUAAAAACUCGACGACUUUAUCCAUUUCCCCAGCCAACGGUGCAAGUCAUCGAAAAACCUUUCGAAGAAAAGGAAAUAUAUCCCGCUCUUUGGCGCAACUUUAUGGGCAAAAAUGCAAUAGCUGUGCCCGACUUGGUGCCACCACGGAGCUUCUAUUCUUUUCAUCCAAAAACCGGUCAUAGAAGGCAAAGUGGAUCUGUCUACAAAGUCUUUAAAGCCUUUACGCAGAGAUACAAUAUUACCAUGCUCCUGAAAUGGCCCCUCAACACAAAUACUACCCAACAGGAAAUUAUCGAAAGGACUGUUCGGGGAGAGAUUGACUUACCACUAACCGGGCAGUUGAUUAGCUUUAGACACCCAAACGGAAGUAGGGCUCAGCCUCUUUUAGGAAUGACAGCCGUAUCCAUUGCCGUUCCUUGCGGCCCGGAGUUGCCAAUGUUUGAUCGGUUCUUUUUGGUCUACGGACUGGCUACACCCAUCACCAUAGCUGGAUACUACGUCCUGCUAAACAGCAUAGAGAUCAUACUUGGAACCCUAAGCGAUCGAGUCAAACGCCAUCCAAGACAUGAGAAGAUCCUGAACCUGGUGCUUAACCUACGGGUGUUCAGUUGCAUUCUGUCCCUGCCCACUCCACAAGGGAAUCGACUUAGGUCCGUCAAGGGUCAGCUGACCAUGGUGAUGAGUAUCACAGGGCUCAUUCUGUCCUGCAUUGUGGCAGCACAAACGAGUACUAUUCUCACCAUGAAGCCCCAAUAUCGGCAUAUCAAGAACUUUCAGGAACUGCGCGACAGUAACAUAACCGUGGUUUGUAACCACCAUAACUACAUGACCAUCAAGCAGCAAAUGGAUCCCAAGUUUUUAGCCAAGUUCAUGCAGAACAUCUGGAUUGUGAGCAGCAUUGAGCAGAUGAAGAUGAUCUUUGAUUUGAAUACGAGCUAUGCCUACCAGACAUUCUCCUACAAAAAAGAUCCCUUUACGCUGCUUCAAAUGCACACUACCCGUAAGGCGUUUUGUAGGACCGCGGAUCUAGAUGUGGUCAGUGGACUUGCUUAUACUGCGGUUCUCGAAAAGAAUUCGAUCUACGCACUGCCCUUGCAGGACUACACCCUUCGGGUCUUUAGUGCCGGUCUGGUCUACUACUGGGCGGAAGAGGCUAUUCGGGAUCUUAUCUCCACCGUGAGGCACUCACAAUUGGAAAAGCUACCCAUUGUAAUCGGAUAUCAAUCUCUGAAGCUGCAGGAUUAUAAAGGCUGUUGGAUGAUUCUCCUAAUCGGUGGCGCUCUAGCCUUUUGUGUAUUCAUAGUGGAAGUUGUAGUGGGCUCCAAAAAGCGAGGAAUAUAA